CCUCCGCCGCCGCCGCCGCCGCCGCCGCCGCCAUGGAUUGGAUGACGGGCGUGCUGGACCGCUUCUACUCGGUACCGGACAUGGCGCAGCCCCAGGUGACCAUCAAGGAGGAGGUGCUGGACAGCCUGGAGCUGGGCGGCAGCCUGUACUGCCCGAGCAUGGCCGAGACGGAGCCGCCGCCGCCGGCCGCCGCCGCCGGCUCGCCGGCCGCCGCCCGGCCCGUCAAGGAGUGCGGCGUGUGCGGCGACAAGGCGCUCGGCUACAACUUCAACGCCAUCACCUGCGAGAGCUGCAAGGCGUUCUUCCGCCGAAACGCGCUCAAGACCAAGGUGUUCCGCUGCCCCUUCAGCGACAACUGCAGCAUCGACGUGGUGACACGCCGCUUCUGCCAGAAGUGCCGGCUCAAGAAGUGCUACACCAUCGGCAUGAAGAAGGAGUGGAUCAUGACGGACGAGGAGCGCAAGGUCAAGCGGCAGAAGAUCGUGGAGAACCGGUCGCGCAAAUCUGAGCCGGGUGGCCGCGACGGCGCGCCGCAGGGCUCGCCCUACUCGGCCGACACGUCGCCGGCCGCCUGGCCGCCGCACAGCCCCGUCUCGCCGGGCCGAUACAGCCUGGCCCGCGCGCACCGCGCCAUCCAGGUGCCCGAGUCGCCGCCGGAGCCGGCCGCCUCCAUCGAUGACGGGUCCAUCAACAUGAGCACCAUCCUGGGCAAGGCGCUGCGGGCCGAGUUCAGCGACACGCAGCUGCGCGAACCGGUGCUGCCGUCGGGCGCGCUCAACGCCGCCGAGUGGACCAAGAUCCAGGAGCUACAGGAGGCCGAGCAGGCGCUCAUGGCGCCGCUCAACGAGGACAACCUGUUCGUGAACCUGGUGAACACGGACCCGUCGCUCAUCAACGUCAUCAACCUGUGCGACAUCGCCAUCCGGCGGCUGAUCAAGAUGUCGAAGAAGAUCAGCAGCUUCCGCGGUCUGUGUCAGCGCGACCAGAUAGCGCUGCUCAAGGGCGGCUGCACGGAGCUCAUGAUCCUGCGCAGUGUCACCACUUACGACGCCGAGAACAACAGCUGGAACAUCCGCGCCAACGAGACGGACUACACCAGCAUCAAGCUGAACGUCCUGAAGAAGGCGCCGUACGACGUGUACGAGGAGCACAAGCAGUUCAACCGCACAUUCAGCAGCCGCUGGAAGUCGGACUCGUACAUCAUGGGCAUCAUCAGCGCCAUCACGCUGUUCUCGCCCAGCCGACCCAACCUGGAGCACGUGGACGCCAUCACACUGGAGCAGGAGUCGUACUACUACCUGCUCCGCCGCUACCUGCUGACCACGCGCAGCCCGUGCGAGGCGCGCUCAGAGUUCCUCAAGCUCAUCAAGAAGAUGGAGGAGCUGCACCGGCUCAACGAGGACCACAUCAAGAUAUUCAUGGAUGUCGACCCGCUGCACGUGGAGCCGCUGCUGAUCGAGAUUUUUGACCUCAAGUGCGGGGAAUCGAUGCGCACCUUCUCGGCGCCGCCGUCGGCCGAGCUGCCCGAGCCGCAGAUUUGAGCGGCCGCCGCGCAGACCGGCCGAGUGACGGGCCUUCGGCGCGCCGCCGCCGCGGUUGUAGUGAUAGAGUUCCGCCGAGCCGGAGUGAUUUGUUACGUAGUGGAAUAUUUUACCCGUCGGCGGAGAGUGAGGCAGUGGCCUGCGUUUUAGCCUAUUGCUCCUAUAGGAAGUGGCGCAGGAUACCGCGACGGUGCUCCUAGCACCGUGCCGCGCGCCGUGCGGGCGCGCCGAGAUGGGGUGGAGCAGCAGCGGAUGGUCGCGGAGGCUGAAGUGCCUCGCGUCGACGCCAGGCGGCGCGAUCGGCCCCUCGCUCGCGAGGCCUGGGCCCGGUUGGCACAGUCACCCUGGCCGCUGCAGCCGGCCCAGCGGUGUCGCGCUGGGUAUGGACGAUGUCAUUGCAGCGCCGCUGGCUGCAGGCCGGGCCGGGUGUCGCAGGAGCUGUGGUCGGGGAUCGGCGCGAGGGCCAAGCUCGUCCUCAGCGGCGGCGGUCGGCCGCCGGGUGGGAGCACGUCUGUGAUGGGUGCUAGUCGUGCGCGGGCGGCCGCCCCCGGACGGCGCCGUAGGCGGGGACGGCCGCACAAAUGCCUGUAUGCGGGCCAGCUGCCAGCCGGCAUCGGCUGACCACACAUUCAGAGUAAUGAAACGCAAUUACAUGUUAUAACAGUGG